AUGACAUACAGUCAAGCUUGCAGACCAUGCGCAAAGCGCAAAGUUCGGUGCGACAAAUUAGAGCCAUGUUCGAAUUGCAAGCGCCGAAAAACUGAUAAAUGCACGUAUCCUCCCCGUACCCCCUCGGAUCGCAUUCGAGAGCUCGAAGGCCUUGUCCGCGAGCUCGUUCACUCCGCACCCACUGAUGGCGCGUCUUCAUCACGUGAUGGAAAUGGCACGCAGCAAGGCACUCAUGCCAUAUCUGGAAUCAGGAGCAAUGAUCCGAUUCUGGUAGAAGAGGAUGGCACAGUGCAAUAUCUGGAGUCGCGUUCCUGGAGGCCUUGGAGAGCAGAUAGCGGGCCUGAUCAAGGGAUGCGACCUCCAGGAGACUUUACCACGAUAUCACCUCCCAAGUUGCCGCAUGCACUAGCGGGCGUUCUGCCUAGCCACAACGCCCCUACCAUUGCAAAUCCACCAGUUGAUACACAUCGGGCCCGUGUUCUGUGGGAUACAUUCAAGGAACGCGUCGAGCCUUUGGUCAGGGUUGUAUUUCGAUGGCAAAUAGACAACCUGAUGAGUCGAACAAUGUGCGCCGAUUCUACGCCACUCUCAAACCUUGAGCAAAGCCUUGUCAAUGCUAUUUAUUACGCCAGCGCCAAUAGUCUCACUGACGACCAGUGUAUGAUGCUUCUGCAAAUACCAAAAAGUACUCUUCUUUCCCAUUGCCAAACACAGUGCGAACAGUCUCUUCUUGGACCAGAUCUCUUUUGCGUUACGGAUAUCUUGACAAUUAAGGCGGUCAUAUUUUACAUCGUCGCAAGUAUAGGCCGACUCAGCACGCAAAGUUUAUGGUCCAUCAUUGGCAUGACUUUGCGCAACGCAGAGAAGCUAGGACUACAUCGGGAUGGAUUGCUACUCGGUCUUGCACCAAUUCACGUCGAAGAUCGGCGACGCGUUUGGUGGCAGCUCCAGCACCUUGACUUGGCCUUAGCUGUAAGGAUUGGCCUUACUCCGAUGACUUUAUCAGCUGGCUGGGAUGUGGAGAUGCCUUCGAACAUUGAAGAUGAUGAUAUCACACCGACAUGUACCUCAAUCCCACGGCCCAGAACAGGAUUGACAGCCAUAUCAUACUGUCUUUUCACUUACUGGGUUCUCAAACAGCAAAGGCAGACCUUUCUCGCCAAAUACGGCCAUUUCGAACUGUCUUGGCAGAUCAACAGUAAGGUUAAAGAGAGCGCUAAGGACGACAUGAUGACUCAACUGGAAGCUGGGAUUAACAUAGAAUUUCUACAAUACUGUGACCCCAUCAAGCCUUUGGAUGUAAUUCUCCAGCUAUUCGCAAGACUCUUCAUCACUUCGAUGCAUCUCAGGAUCCUCCAUGGCCGAGUAUUCUCCGGAAAGGGUGAUGAUCGCCCAAAGCUUCUCCAAGCAUCCACACAAACCUUACGGUACAACAUCGCUAUCCAAAGUCAACCGUCUUUGAUACAGUUCCGAUGGAUGAGCAAGGCAUGGUUCAACUGGCAAGCAUUCAUGUGUGUUCUCAUCGAAGCCCGAGACGCUACCGACAUGAUCCGGGCACAAGAACUAUGGAAACUCAUGCUAGAAGUGUAUGCGGCGCAUGACGAGCUGCUUGAUUUUGCUAGGGAUCGAAGAAGGAUACAAGCAGCAGAAAUUAUCCUUACAACAUGGCAUAGUCACAAAGAGAAAUUUGCGGGUCACAGUCCUGACAAGCCAGAAAUGCUCUCCAAGCUCUCGCUUGAACUAGCCACGUACCGCGCAGGCUUGGAACCUCUCGCUGAGCCAGCUAUACGCAGGGCUGGGAAUGCCUCAUUGGCUCCAGAUACGCUGGUCGAAGGAAUUGCGAUUGAACAACAUUUUUCAUUUGACCUGGACUUUCAAGAUGUCGACUGGAGUUUUUGGGACAGCAUGGAGUAA